AUGGCUUUAUACUUUCGUGGUGGUAGUUGUCAUUAUUCCUGUUAGCAAGGAGGACGAUGGCCGCCCAGACUCCCCCAGUGGUAAAUGCUACCCAAGCCUGGCUACGGUCCACCUGGCACAUCCAGGUACCGUUUACCUGGUUGGAGGCCUGUGUGGAGUGGCUUCAAGAAGAAGCAGGAGGAGCAGCUCGACUGUCACAGCAGCAGAUCAAUCAACAGGUGUUGGACCAAUGGCUUUUGACAGACCUGAGAGACCUGGAUUAUCCAGUUUUACCCGAAGGGCUCGCUCAGGCUCAGAAGACGGAACUUAGUGGGAUCUUCUGUGUCCAGGUUGACUCAAUGUUGAACGUCAGUCAGCCUGCAUAUGGCCAGCUGCAGAAGUGCAGGGGUACGGAUUGCACCAACGACGAGGUGUCUGCUGUCACACAGGCCACUCAGCGGCCCUGGGAAGCCAAAUCAACCCGCAUGCUGCUGCUGCAGGUAACAGAUGGAGUCCAGAGUUUGGAGGCUAUGGAGUAUCAAUCCAUCCCUGCACUCAGUUCAGAACUCAGGCCCGGUGCAAAACUGCAGUUACAAGGACAGAUUGUUUGUAGACUUGGUGUGCUGCUCUUGUGGCCGUCCAAUGUCAAGAUUCUGGGUGGUGAGGUAGAGGACUUGGUGGAAAGAAAUAAUCAGGGCAGGGUGUUGUGUCGCACUCUGGGUCUUCCUGAGGAGCAGCAGCAGGUGGGGGACGAGGCCCCAUCACAACCACAACAUGGUAACCAGGAAAUGGAGGACGAGGAGCUUGAUGAUGCAGAGUUGAUAGCCAGUUUAGAGGCACAGGGAGAGGCUGAAAUGGUCAGCUCUGCGGUGGACAGUGGUUACGGAACCAUGCAGGAGACUUACACUCCAUCUUCCUCUGUUAGGAGUCAUUUGUCAUCCAGAAGUGACACCUCCAACUCCUCUCAAAGAGGCAGUUUGCCCCAGACCAACAGAGCUGGUUCAGUCCAAGGCCAUCACAACAGUGGCAACGAAGAAGAGCCGGACCUCGUUGAGGUCUUACCUAUCGAUGUGGUUCGUCAAGACAUCCAUGACCACAACAUGGCAGACCAAGACUUUCCUGAUGAAGACUUUGACGAUCUUCCCCUGGAUGAGUUAGACGGCCUUAUUUUUCAGGAAGGUGAAAAUGUCACCGUGGACUCUGACAGUGGUCACAGAGGGACUCAUAAUAACAACAGAAUUACACAAAAUCUCCAUAACAUAGUCAAAGGAGACAAACCCCAAACUGCUCAGUUGAAAUUGUGCAAUUCAGGCGCCUCUGUGGAGCGUUUCGGAUCAAGCAGCUCUCGAUCCGGCGCACAGAAAAGAGACUAUCAAGGAGGCAUUCGAGGAGUUUCAGCGACAUUAACCGCAACUUCCAAAUCUUCUCUUUCCUCAGCAAUUUUAGAGCCAUCACGUGAAUUACAAUACACUACUAAUGAUGAGAGCAGUUUUCUGGCCGAGGACAUGGACUGUGUUUCUUCUGAGGUUGAAGCCAGUGGAGGACAAACUGAGACAGCUGGAGGAAUGGCUCAAUUCGUUGUUGAAAAGGGACCUGGUAAAUGCAGAGACAGUGCUACCAGCAAAAUAGAGACUUUGGAUUCAAGCUAUAGGUUUAUCACAAAUUCAUCCAAAUCCACACCUGCCACCACGAGCACUACAUGUGUGGAUAGGGUUUCUUCAGAGCAAGAUCCACAGAGCGACAGCACAGUCCCUCCUGUCACUUUGACCUCCCCACCUUUUUCAUACUUGUGCUUGCUGGAAGAGUUGGUGUCCAAACCUCACACCUCUGAGAUCCGUGUCAAAGCUUUCAUCGUGACUCUCCUGGGGAAACUGGGCAGCAAUAACGGUGUUUGGAGCGUAUCUGCAACGAUAUCUGACGGAACCGGUUACCUGGAUGUGGAGUUGUCCAAUGAGGUCUUGAUGAAUCUGCUGGGCUUCUCAGUUGCACAAAAGGGGGCUAUGAAGCGUGACCCGGCCCGCAGAGCUGAGCUGCAAGCCGGGAUGAGGAGGUGUCAGGAAGAGCUGGUGGACAUGUGUUGUAUCAUGACUGUCGUGGUGGAACCAGGGGGCAGGAAAGCUGUGGUGGCCAAGGCUGACCCUGUCAAUGAGAGAGUACUACAAGAGCUGGAGCAGAGAGUGAAAGAGAGGAAAAGAUAAACACAAGAAUGGUUGAGUGACAAUAACAAACUACCUGCGAUGGAAAGUAUAAGUUUUAAGUAAAGAUUUCUAAAAAAUUUCAACAAACCAUAGGCAAAUUUAGUACACCAGAUCAACUUAAAAAUGUUUUAUGUUAUAAAACUAUGUUUUGUUUUGUUUUUUUAGAUUGAUGAUUAACCUGCCUUUCUGCGUGAGAUUUAGGAAGAGGUGUGAACUAAAUGCCUGACAAUCGGUAAGGCUUGUGCUGUAAUUCAUCCCAUCUGCUACAAGCAAAUGUCACAUUGUGCCAUUUGCCAUUGUGGGAUUUUGAUUCAUUAUUCUGUUAGAAAUUUAAAAUCCACCGUGUCAGAGUAAAGUGACUCAAGAGACAACGAUGUAACUCUAUUAAUUUAUUAAUUGGAUAUCAGCAUAUUAGUUCAGACAACCCACUCAUUCUUUGUAGCAUAGGAAACUACGUGAACAGAA